GGGUCCGGCUUCGCCUCCGUGGUGGUCGGGAGCUUCGCAAGGAACCUGGUGAUUGGAUUCUACUCCAGGGAGUCCGCCGGAGAAUUGGGCAAUCGGACGGCUGGAGUUUCAGGGUUGGAUUCGGAGUCGCCGGCGGUACCGGAAUGGGUCCGGUUGAUUUGCGACGACAAGUGCCGGGAGCUGAUUGCCGAUAGUAUUCAGGGGUUUGUAAGCACGGCGGUGACGGUAUACCUUGAGAAGACGAUGGCGAUCAACGCUUAUGAGGAGAUCUUCUCCGCCCUCACCAAUCCGAAGCAUGAGGCCAAGGUGAAGGAUGUCUUGGUCUCUGUUUGCAAUGGCGCCGUGGAAUCUCUAGUCAAAACUUCGCAUCAGGUGAUGACCACCUCGAGCUCGAACUCCAGCUUAAGCUCCACUGUGGCCGGUGUGGAAGCUGUUGGCCAAAAAGACGAAGUCUUUAGCGAAAAACAUAGGAGAUCCUCGUCGGAUAAGAAGCUAAAGGGUGGUAGUGGGUGGGUCGACCAUGUUUCAUCCACAUUGGCAGUUCCGAGCAAUAGGAGAUUUGUUCUCGAUGUCACGGGAAGAGUGACAUUUGAGACUGUGAGGUCUUUUCUUGAAUUCCUGUUGUUGAAGCUCUACAAUGGAGCGAGGAGCGGUGUCAAUGUUGUCCGUGAAGAGGUGGUGGAGAUGGGUGUGGAAGUAGUGAGGUAUGUCAGUGCCAAGUCCAUGGCAAUAUUUACAAUGUGUGUGGCGUUGUGCUUGCAUGUGUCGAUCGGUACGAGGCUUUUGAUGCCAGUUUAAGAGGGAUGUGAUUGUUUUGCCAAGUGAGCUCUAGUUGUUGCAGUAUGUAAGAAUUCUUUCUCUUAUUGCUUCAAGUAGGCUACAAUUCCAUUCUGCAGGGAGGAAAGAAAAUUCAGUUUAUUGAGGUUAGUGAUAAAUAUCAUUAUAAAAAAAAAUCUAGUGGUCCACUUGUUGAUGCACAGAUAUAUUGAAUACUCUAAAAUUUUAUGAUAGUUCUGGUCCUGAUCAUAAUAGUGUUCGUUGGGUUUUGUGGGAGGAAGGGACUGAUGUUGUUUACCUGAAAUGGGACCCUGUAUUUGUAAAUAGGCAUAUAACUGACAAAUUUUAAGGGGACCUAGCAAAAGAAGAAUUGUGCUUGAGGAGUUUCAUGAAGUUUGAUAAUACACUAUGUAUUGAACUUGGAAAGUUACUUACUAUUUGCCUUUCAUUUUUCCAAUAA